AUGAUUCGCCCCCACUUUGACCCACCAGCAGAUUGUCCCAAUGCGCGAUCUCGUAUCCCUCGAUGCUUCUGCAAGUACCAAGCCACCCGCCUCGGCCUUUACGCUGACGAGGAAAUGGUAGGUGUUGGUGGUCGUAGCAAGGGCUGCAAGACCUGUCGGCGCCGAAGAGUCAAAUGCGACGAAGCAAAGCCAGGCUGCGAGCGCUGUCGAAAAGCCGGCUAUGAAUGCGAAGGCUAUGUACAGUUUGCCGAGUUUGUCGAUGUAACAAGCCAAUUGACAGGCAAAGAGUCGCUGAAACCUAAAAGGAAUAAUGGGCCCAGCCUACGUCCCAGUGCUAGCACUGCCAGCCCGAGCUCGGAAGGCUCAGUCCUCGAGCUACCGGUGAUGCCCAUAUCAGUCAAUCCAGCAUGGAACGAGCACAGUAUCUUCACAUCGCAUUUGGUGAGCAGAUUGUUCACCUGGCAUGAUGAUGCAAGCUCAUCACAGGCGGCAUCGUGGAUCGAAAGACUGUUUUCACGCACAGAAGACCAAGCCGCACUAUCUUUUACGUCGGUCCGUGCACUGGCUACAACCUAUUUUGCAAAGGUCAAUCACAACAGUGAACUGAUGCGAAAGGGCGCGGGCUUCUACUCCAGAGCGCUCCGGGCUCUUCGUUCAGAUUUGGAAGACCCGAAUCUCGUCUUAGAGGAUGAUUUGAUAGUUUCAAUUAUUUGUAUGUCCAUCUACGAGAUGGUGACUUUCACGCAGCCCACAGGGUGGCUGCAUCAUUAUAAGGGCUUGGCACGACUGACAGCCAUGAGAGGCCCAUAUCGUCACCAAUCGGGCGUUUCAUUGGCGUUACUUCCGACUCUAAGGCCAUGUUUUGCCGUUGGAUACCUCGUCGAACGAAAGCAUUGCUUUCUUGAAUCUCCAGAAUGGAAAACCAUCCCCUGGGCCAAGUGCGACUUAACCACCAGAACGCCCUCAGACGAGCUUCACGAUUUCCUGUGCGAUCUUCCUGGGAUUACGGAAGAUGCCGACAGGAUAUUAAAGUGGAACUCGAAUGAGUCGGGAAUGGAAAAGUUCAAGGGAUCCUUCUGCUCGCGAGUCCUUGCAACACUGGAAGCACUCUAUUCCUGGCGCUGGGACUGGGAGCAUAAAUUUCCCAGUUCCACAUCCCUGAUCUCACCCGCGGACCUCGACCACGAGACAUCUCUGCGUCUACCCCCGAGCCCGUUCAAAAGCAUCAUCUGGUUUACCAGUCCCCAUCGUGCUGCAGAGCUGAUGAGUUACAACGUGAUCCGAUUGAUAGCUACCAGAGCCCUUGAGGUGGUGGGUGUACAAAUUGACAUGCCUUCUUCCGAUAUCCCAAUCAGUGAUCCCCUUCUGCCCAUGGAAGGGAACAGACAUGAUGUUGCCGUCGAGAUAUGCCGAAUGGCAGACUAUCAUCUUCACGCGUUCCGUCAGAGCUCCGGGGCAUUUAUGCUCAUAUUCCCACUCAAUGUUGCCUAUCUUCAUUUGAGUCAAGAUAGUGGUCAGAUUAAGCCGUGGCUUGAGGCUGUAAUAUCCGUUGUUGCAGACUUGCACGGUUUUGAGCUUGGCCGGAGGGAGAAUAUGCCACGUCAAAGUGUGAAGGUGCGUUCCCUUUUCUCGAGAAAUAUGGGAAGGGUGGAUUUCUAA